AAAAACUUGCCUUUGAUGGUAGGAAUUCCCUCCUGAACCCAAACAAUUUUAUAAGUAGGUUUUUGACUCUCCUUAAGUCUUCAUUUCAGAAUUGCUAGCUUCCACCCAAAUAACCCCCCUCAAGGAUGUUUCCAGUGCCACAGCCACACUCGUUAUUUGCAUACUAUGUAACUGAUUCGGUCUCCUCCCAUGUGUGCACAGAUGUGGCACGAAGCAGGGGGACCCUUAGUCCUUGCCAUUCAGUGUGCUCAACCAUUAAUAAUACAUCAAUAAAAAUGGCAUCCAUUAUACAUGAGAGCCUCACAAUUAAGCCAGCCCAUGUGCAGCAUCCUUUCUUUGCUUUUGGCAAUAAAGUGCUUUUUAACAGGCUGGAAAGAAGAAAGAAAUUAACUCGCUAGGACACAGGUCAGGGAUAGGAACUGGGAGGGCCGCUGGGGGUCUCCAGCCCAGGAGCCACUCACCUCACCCCGGAGGCCCAGCUUAGGUCCCUGAUCACCCAACUGGAGCAGUCUGGAGUAAAGAGCAGCCUUAGGUCAGGCAACCCUCAGGAACCUCUGAUCUGAGGUUCCCUCCAGCUGAGCCCCACCUUUUCACAGAAAGAGGUGAAAAUGGUUCAUUAGAAUAUCCAUAGGACUGCUUGACUGGACCUCAGGGGGCCCUGUGUGAAACUGCCCUCAACCUCCCACCUCCCCAGAGCCAGGGGUCAACAAACAAUGGCCUGUGUCUAAAAUCUGGCCCUCAGCCUGAACAUUUGCAGUCACGUGUCUGAUUUGAGAACACUAACUCUGAAAUCCGGUAAGAGAAAUAUUAUCCCAAUAAGAAAGGAAUUCCAUUCUUCUCAUAAGUAGACGUGUAUUAUUACAACCACCACCAACAAAAUUGUACUCCAUGGUUACGUGUUGACUUUCGUCAAAAACGUUGUGGAAAUGUGUUUUCUCUCUCGUUACAUAAGUACCUCCGUAGUAACUUUCAGUUUGCCUCUGGGCCCACGGAAACCUCAAAUAUUUUCCUACCUGGCCCUUUUUGGAAAGAGUUUCCCUGCACUGGCCCUGGACUUAGGUUUCUGAAUGAGGAAAUUGCGCCCUUAAAGAGAAUUAACUGCCUUUUGGCUCCGGCCAGCAGUGAUGUUUUCCCCAUUUCAGAAGAGGAGAGGGGCAGGCUCUGUGGUGUUCCCCGGCAUUGGGGAAAUAAGUGGGGCGUACCCAGGAAGACGUGAUUUUCAAAGCUAAUUAUGAAAACAUUUGUCAUUGGAAUCAGUGGGGUAACAAAUGGCGGGAAGACAACACUGGCUAAGAAGUUGCAGAAACACCUCCCCAACUGCAGUGUCAUCUCUCAGGAUGAUUUCUUUAAGCCACAGUCAGAGAUAGAGACAGAUACAAACGGAUUUCUGCAGUAUGACGUGCUUGAAGCACUUAACAUGGAAAAAAUGAUGUCCGCCAUUUCCUGCUGGAUGGAAAGCCCAAGACACUCACCGGUAUCAACAGACUCCGGAAGCACUGAGGAAAUUCCCAUAUUAAUCAUUGAAGGCUUCCUUCUCUUUAAUUAUAAGCCCCUUGACGCUCUGUGGAACAGAAGCUACUUUCUGACAAUUCCUUAUGAAGAGUGUAAGAGGAGGAGGAGUACAAGGGUCUACGAGCCCCCAGACGUCCCAGGGUACUUUGAUGGCCACGUGUGGCCCAUGUAUCUGAAGCACAGACAAGAAAUAGAGAACAUCACGUGGGAGAUUAUUUACCUAGAUGGAACCAAAUCAGAAGAGGACCUCUUUUCACAAGUGUAUGAAGAGCUAAAACAAGAACUAGCAAAGCAUAAGUGUAAGUGUCGUGGACGGUGACGGAACAGCCAGGAAGAAGCGUUCAUUGCACACCCAAGAGCGGCUUCCCAGAAUGCUCCUGUAGGAGUGGUUGUCUCCUUUCCCUCGUUGCUUUGAAGACAAUUUCAAAUCAGAGACUCUGAAUGGGUUUGAGGCCUUGAUUAUUUUGUUUAUGAGGUUUUGUUUUUUGUUGUUGUUUUUUUUUUUUUAAGGGUGAAAAUGCCCACCCAACGUUACAGCCCUUAAUGAUGCUUAUGUUACAUAGUUUAAAUUUUCUAGUAGAUGGCUGUCAUUUCAGUGGGACUGACAUUAUCCUUUGGGCAGAGUGAAGUUAAAAGGCUAAUGAUCCCCUUUUAAUAUGUCUAGAGCUCCCCUUCUGCUUCAGUUCUCUUGAAGAUUUCCCAUGAACUUAUUUUUCCCAGAUACCUCAAAAAUAAACACAGGAUGUUAAAAAAUA